ACAGACUAUCUCGGUUCUGGACGAUGGCUAGCCACCAGGAAACUACCGCCGCCCUGGUACUCUCACCGUUCACGCAAAGCGAGGUACCGAAGGUAUACGACGAAGCCCACAAGCACGUCCGUCAGUCCACAGCCGAGCUGCUGAAGACUUGGCAGGCGUCGUUCUUCACGUCUGGCGAGGAAAACGACGCAAGUGACCAUCAGUACCUGGAGAUCGGCUGCGGGCCGGGCAAUUUCACGCGCAACCACCUGCUUCCCAUGUGCCCUCCGACGCUGAAGAGACUCGUAUCCACCGACGUGUCGGACGGCAUGCUGAAUUACGCGAAGCUGGUCCACGGUCAUGCGAAGAUUGUUCGCCGGAAGCUGGACAUCACCGAUGACGAGGAAGUAUCCCGGUUCAUCGCCGAGGAGGGUCGAUUUCAGCGGGUCUACUCCUUCCUGGCACUUCACUGGGUCAAGGACAAGUGCGCUGCACUGAAGAACAUCGAGCGUCUGAUGACGCCUGGUGGCGAGUGCCUCGUCAUGUACGUGCCUGUCCCGGGACCAGGACACCUGCUGUAUGGCUCUUUACUGGAGAGUGAAUUGUGGACAAAAUACCAUAAUCGUCAGCGAGAUCCUGCAAUCUUCAGCGGCACCGAUGGCAACGACGUCAUCAUCUGA